AGCGGUGUCUCGGAAGCGUCUGCUGCUCCCCCCAAGAGGCUCCGGUUGCUACGGUGACCGCCCUUGCGAACCGCGUGUGGGACUCUUUCCGCUGUGAGCCCCGCCCAGACCCCGUCCCCGACGCCGGGGAUUCGUUAGACGCCGGCGGGUCGCGCGUGGCGCUGGUUGCUAUGGUGAUCGCGGCCCCACGGGCCCAGCCAGACCAGGCCGCGCGGCUUCUGGAGCUUUUGCAACCUCCGCGGGACACUCUGGAAGGAUGAGGUCCUCGCUGACGCCUUUGGGGCCGCCCGUGAGCCGGGACCGCAUCAUCACCAGCUUCCCGAAGUGGUACACGCCUGAUGCCUGCCUGCAGCUCAAGGAGCACUUCCAUGGGCAGGUUAGCACGACCUGCCAGCACAGGAACACGGGGACUGUGGGGCUGCGACUCUCCAAGGUGGUUGUCGUUGGUGAUCUCUACGUGGGCAAGACCAGCCUCAUCCACAGGUUUUGCAAGAAUGUCUUUGACCGUGACUACAAGGCCACCAUCGGGGUAGACUUUGAAAUCGAGCGCUUUGAGAUCGCUGGGAUUCCCUACAGCCUGCAGAUCUGGGACACAGCAGGGCAGGAGAAGUUCAAGUGCAUUGCAUCUGCCUACUACCGGGGUGCCCAGGCGAUCAUCACAGCCUUUGACCUCACUGACGUGCAGACUCUGGGGCAUACCAGGCAAUGGCUGGAGGAUGCAUUAAGGGAGAAUGAGCCGGGCUCCUGCUUCGUGUUCCUUGUGGGAACCAAGAAGGACCUUCUGUCAGGGGCUGCAUGUGAGCAGGCGGAAGUGGAGGCUGUGCGUCUGGCCAACGAGAUGCAGGCCGAGUACUGGUCGGUGUCCGCUAAGACAGGGGAGAACGUGAAGGCGUUCUUCAGCCGCGUAGCCGCCCUGGCAUUUGAGCAGUCGGUUCUACAGGACUUGGAGAGGAGGAGUGGCGCCCGGCUCCAGGUCGGCGAGGGAGACCUCAUCCGAAUGGAGGGGAGUCAACUCGAGACCCAGGAGAGCACGACAUCCUCCAGCCUGGGUUGCUGUUAGCUGGGGCCUGCACCAGAAGCAUGGGCAGUGCCUUCCGUGACCGUGGAGGGGUGACAUGAAGCCAUCCGUGUCUGCCCACCCACCACGCUGAGCCCCAGAGCUCAGCCACUUCUCUUUAGUGGGUUGGGAGCCAGGAAAGGCCCGCACUGGCUGCCCAGGAGCCCCCCACUGCCCCACUGGUGGGUGCACUGCGGUGAUCAUCUGGGAGGCCAGUGCCACCUACAGAGUCACCAAACAUUCCCCUCUGGCUCGGAACUGCAGACACGAGACACUGGUUCCCCCGCGGCCCGCCUCUCUCGCCCUCAGCACACAUUAGCUGCCCAUGUAGGCACCCUGCCAACUUUCCUGGGUCGGCCUCAGGAGCCUUCUCCUCUCAGUGGUCCAGGCAAGCAGGACUUGUCAAAGCCAGCAAAUGAGGAAACACCCCACCUGUCAUCCCUGCUUGGGACUUUUCUGUAAUCAAUAGGACUUGCAGCUGACUGUCCACUGUCCCUUGGCCACAGACUUGUGGGAUCCCUGGGCAGCCUUGCUCCUCUGGAGGAGGAAGGACAAGAGGGUCUCUCAGGCCCCUUCUGGCCAAGUGGUCAUCUUUGGCUCCUCCUCCCCACCUGCCCCACACCCCGCAGCCCUGGGUGGGUGCCCACUCAUCCCCGCCCACCCCGUGCCACAAGCAGGUGGACACAUCUGGGCAUAUCCUACCUGCUUCUCCGAGAUGGUGAGCAUUUUGCAAACAGCUGUUCUGGUCAGUCCCCGAAGAGUGCCCCACACAGUGCCUAGCACACUGUGGGUGCCCAGUGCACGUUGGGUAGCUGACAGCAGUUGCCAAAUGCUGGUUGGGGAAGAACACCUGCAUCUUUUUCUGUUCAUUCUCCCUUCACCACAUUUUAGCUCUAAUUUUUUACAGAUCUAAAACACUUCUUUAUAUAAAUCACUCUUAAAGGAAUUCUGUACAUGCUUAUUGUAAACCCAAACAAGACACUACAAGGCUUUCUAUGCAGGGUGAAAGCCCCCCUCCUGUCCUUGGAAGUAGGAGCCCUUCCAGACUAGUCCUCUGCAGCACAGCCAGGUGUCUUGUCACGUUUGCUGUUUGACCAGAGUGACCUUUGACCACACGUGCUGCCUGGCAGCCUGCAUUCUGGUUGACCUGCAGGAGCCCUCUGUCCACACGGAGCCGACUCAUUCCGUUGGCGGCUGCCAGUUUUCCUUCGGGUGGUGGACCAGAGUCCAGGCGCCCUGCCCCCUGACUGGGACACGAGGUUUGUGUCCAGCUCCUAGCUUUUACCAAAGGUACUGCAGCGACCAUGCUUGUGGUUGUGGUUUUGUACGCUCAGGAUUCCUGAAGAGAGCUUGCUGGCCCUUCUGAGGACUGGUGGCCCAGCUUGGUCCACUAGACACAAUCUUGGC